AUUAUGAAUCUGUAUAAAGAGUGGUUUGGGUUUAUGAUUAGAUGGGUUCAUGAUCACUACAUAUUACAGUAAAAGGAAAUUUGAGCUGCAGAUAGGCUUUCCAGUGCUGGGGGAGCUGUUGCAGGGGAGGAAGCAAUUGGAAAAGGGGGAAUCUAAUGUUUGCUCUGUGUAGCUUGCUAACAAUCUGGUUAUCUGUUUGAGGGUUACUUAAGUUUGGGGAUGGCCAAUUGGAACAGUGGAAUAGCCAGUCAGUGGAAGAAGUUUAAGCAUGUGGAACUGACCAAGGACAGAUGCAGCAUAUUCCUUACAAAGCCUUACAUGUUCUCCAGGGGGAGAUUGAUCCUUUUUCUCAGCUUGGUCAGGGCUGGAUGGUAACGUGGGGAAUUAGCUGCAAACUUGAGGUGGGUGGGGUUUACCAUAUAGAGUCAACUGAAAAGGAAAGGCCUGGAAUAUGCCAAUUCUGAUUUCAUGUGAUUUAGGCUAACCCUCAAAAGGACUUAAAAGCUUUCAGUACAAUUUUGCCUGACAAAUUUGCACUGGAUUGCCUUUAGGUAAGUGGUUUUAGAGCAAAGCCCCACAUUGUUGGCUUUGUGAUGGGUGUGUUAGUAAAAGUGUUGAGAACUUAGCUUUGACAGUAAAUGGUGAUGGGCUACAUGCCAGAAGUACUUGGCCUUGGAAUUUGAGUCCCAUAGAAGUCAUGUGCAUAUGUCAUUUGGUUGUGAUGGGCCUCAGUCCUCAAGCCUGAAGCAAAAUGCGUUAAAGGUGAUCGUUAAUAUGUGGGUUAAAGGUGAUAAAUAGGGGCGCCUGGGUGGCUCAGUUGGUUAAGUGACUGCCUCAGGUCAUGAUCCUGGAGUCCCUGGAUCGAGUCCGUAUCGGGCACCCUGCUAGGCAGGGAGUCUGCUUCUCCCUCUGACCCUCCCCCCUCUCAUGUGCUCUCUCAUUCUCUCUCAAAUAGAUAAAAUCUUUAAAAAAAAAAUGAUAAAUAUGGCGACAAGGCUUGGUGGUGCUAUGCUUCUGCCACCUGGUGGUCAAUUAGAAGAAAUGAGUCCUGGCAUGGGGCAAGAUUUUAAUUAUAUACUCUUGAGGGGAAGAGCCCAAACCUUGAUGUCUACUCAAUGUUUACCUGUCUUACGGAACUGUUGGUUCCUGGGUGACCUGGGUAUUACGCAUUUUCUUUGGAUUUCGUAAGAUUAUUUUGCAGUAACUGCAAUAUUUAAGAGCAUUAGGCAAGGUCUAUAAGAAUAGCCAAGACCUGAUUCAUAAUAGAGGUCAUUAAUUUUCUUCUAAAUUGUUAACUACAUAGACUUCGUAAUUUUAGGAGUGUAUCCACGUAAUGCUUGGAGUCUCCAGAGAUUUAUGGUACCAUACAUGAUUUAUAUUUGUUUUCCCUUUUUCAAGUGUCACAAAUGAAAUUUAAAAAGAGCAAUGCAUGAUCUUUGGGAAAGGCCCAGGCUUCAUGUAUAUAACUGGCAUGUCCUUCCCACUUUUUAUCUGACCUGGGUUUUAGUUCUUGUUAAUACAUACAUCCUUUAUGAACUGGAGCUAACAAUUUGAUCUGAGACUACUUGGCUCAAAAGAAGUAAUUUUUGUUGUUGUUCUGAAAUCAUGGGGUCUUGGUAAGAAAAUUGUGGGGAUCAAAUGUGAUUAGUGAAAAACAGCACAAGACAAAGCCCAACCAAAGUUGAUAGGUUCUAGCUAUUGCAAGUUGAACUUCCAAGUUAAAUUCAGUUAGUGAAACAAAUUGGGAUUUGAAAAAUGGUGGGUUCUCUUAUGCAAAUGGAAGAGAUUGGGCCUGUAUACUAAAAAAUAAUGGGGCUUUGGGAAGAAGGAAAUUAACUACUUGAUAGAUUUUUUUAAAAAAAGCUAAUCUGGGGGCGCCUGGGUGGCUCAGUUGGUUAAGCGACUGCCUUCGGCUCAGGUCAUGAGUCUGGAGUCUUGGGAUCGAGUCCCGCAUCGGACUCCCUGCUGAGCAGGGAGUCUGCUUCUCCCUCUGAUCCUCCCCCUCUCAUAUUCUCUGUCUCAUUCUCUCUCUCAAAUAAAUAAAAUCUAAAAAAAAAAAAAAAAAGCUAAUCUGAAGGUUGUGUUUACAGUUGACGCAGGUUCAGAGUUGAGUUGAUCUCAGAUUGCACAGGAGAGGGGUUCCAGAUCCUCAAAUUUUGCAGGCUUUACUCCAAAACCUGUGUUUCUGCACUGUUGCAGUGUGAAUUAACACUAGCUCAACAUAGCAUCUGGGAUUCACACUUGCUGGAAGGGAUAUUUUCUUUUAAAAGAUUUCAUUUGAGAGCACAAGCAUGGGGAACCCCGGGGGAGGGGGGAGGAGCAGGCUCCCCACUGAGCAGGGGCUCGAUCCUAGGACCCUGGGAUCAUGACCUGAACCAAAGGCAGGUGCUUAACCAACUCAGCCACCCAGGCACCCCUGGAAGGAAUAUUUUCUAAGUUUUGUAAUCUUGCUCCUCAACACAUGCAGUUUUAUGUACUUAGUAACUUGGUCUCGAUAUUCAUCUGGUAGUUCCUCGUUUGAGUUCACGGUGAAUUUUUUUUUUUUUUUUCACGGUGAAUUUUUUUUUUUUUGCCUUUUACAUGUGGCAGUCCAAGCAAUACGGGCAUUUAAGGAGCUCAGUGACUCAAAUCAACUUUUGCUUUUGUGUUUAAUUAGGUUCCUGCUGUGAGAUAAGCUUGGUUUGUUGGGGGCGGGGUAGAUAAAAAAAACUGGUAAAAAUGUGUUUUGGCCUUCUAUACGUAGAAUAACAGGAGGUUGGCCCACACAAGAUCAAUUGGUAACUACGAAGUGAUUUUACAAAGUAUAAAUGGCGUGCUUGUGGGAAGACCCUGGCAAGAAGUAUCAGAAGUUGUUAGGGCACGCUUAGAAGAUGCAGAGAUAGCAGUAUUUAUCACUUACCGUUCAGUUUAGAGUUAACAGAUGGCUUCCACUUCUCUUGAUUCUUUUAACAACCUUCCACGGGAAGGAUGGCUGGAUGGUCAGCUACGCACGUGUAAAUCUACCUGGGGUGGCAAAGGCAAUUUUUAAUUCCGGGGAAUUAUUGAGGAGGUUGUAGUUAUAAGCAGAAAUGUGGUGCUUGAUGGCUGGCUCAUAAUUUUGCACAGGGCUCCACUGAAUUGGGGAGAGGGAGCAAAAAAAGCCAACGGUCUGUCUCUAUGUGCAGCUUUUUAAGAAUUAAUGCUGGUUUCAGCUAAAUGUAUUUAGCAAUAGUUUGAGUUUAAUCAACAGUAAUUGUUGCACUUGUUAAACUAUUAAGGGAGUAAUUUUAAUCUGCAAAGCCACAGCAGUACGUUUACUCACAAUAUUACUAUUUAUGUACUUAAAAUGUAAUACAAAAAAAUGGAGCGAUCAUAAAAUACCUGCAAAUAAUCCUUUGCUCAAACAGUAUUUAUGCAGUACUUAUAAUUUUCCAGGUCCUAUACUUUCAAAGGAAAAACAGCCUUUUGGAUUCUGGUAAGGUGGAGUGAUUGGUGGAACAUAAAUAGGAAAAAGUUGAGAAUUUUCAUUUUUGGGGUCUGCAUCUGGCGGUAAGGAUCUCUUUUUCCACUAGAUGGCAGUAGCUAUUUAGAAAACAACUCCAAACGCAGCUGAGGAAAGCCACCGAAAGGCGUUCACUAAAGUCUGUGCUUUUUGGUUUCACAAAUUGCCUAACCUGGAAACAAGUGUUGAGGAAGGAAGUCAACCCCAAGUAUUCACGUUCAUGUUCCAGGUAGAGCAUUCCCAGCCACCAGUUGAGCAAGUGCCCUGGUUGGGGUUAUGGCUUUGAGUAGAGAUCUCAGGGUACUUGGGGCUUAGAGGUGGUGGGGAGAUAAAGAGCUUUGAAACAUGGAGGGGGGGAAAAGGUAAAUCUUAGUGGUUAGAAUUUCUUUCCUGAUACACUCUUUCUAAUUUAAGCCCCUGUGUUAUUUCCUUCACCUCUGAAGUUCUACUUCUGAGAUUCAACCAUAUUUGUAUGAAAUGCUUGAAUUUCUCCCUGCUCAAACUCAAACCCAAGAAUGCAAGAAUAUUCACACACUCCUGUAUUUCCAGUGUUUGGCACAUUAUAAGCAUAUAAUAUUUAUCAAGUAAAAGAAUGAAAAGGAGUGAAGCAGGCACCCAAGCGGUUGGUGGUAGAAUGUACUCUCUUUGGGUUUUAUAAGGGGUUGGUCAUGGUCAUCGCUAUGGAGUGGUGAGAGGCUGGCUGGCUGAGCUCAGAUCCCUCCACAGAUCUUUGCUACAGUUGCUCCUUGCAGAAUUGGGGAGCCAAGAUUAAAGUUGCAUGAGAGGAGGGAAUGAUCAAGCCGGGAAUAGCUCUAGCCAAAUUAAAGUUGACAGUGACAACUAUUCAAAACCUUUGGCCUAACGGACCCCCGAUGUCUUUAGACUGCCUCCGAAAUCUGGCCAGUAUGUGGAGUGAGUGGGAUGAGGGGAGGCAGCGCAGCUAGUCUUUGCAAUACAGAGGACAGCCAUACAGCCUGGCCUGGAGGGUAUGGGGCCUGUCCUAAGAAGCUGGGCCACGGUUCAGGGCAUUCAGAGGACGCAGCCAGCCCCAGAGCUCUAAGAAAAAAGGCUGUGAAUCUUCUUGACUUGGACUAGGCAAGGGUUUCUUAGAUACGACACCAAAACCAUAAGCAACAAAAGAAAGAGACAUACCAGAUUUCCUAAAAAUUAAGAACUUAGGUAAAGGAUACCAUCAAGGAAGUGAAGAAAGACAACACACAGAAUUGGAGAAAGCAUUUGCAAACCAUGUAUCUAAUAAAGGACUGGUAUCCAGAAUAUCUUAAAAAUAUAUUUAAAAAACAUUUUUUACAGUGGACAAAAGAUCUGAAAAGCCAUUUCUCCUCCAAAGAAGAUCUACAAAUAGCCAAUAAGCACAUGGAAAGAUGCCCAGCAUCCUUAGCCAUCAGUGAAAUGCAGCUCAAAAUCACAAUGAGAUAGAACUUCAUACCCCACUAGGAUGUCGGUCAUUAAAAAAAACAAGUUGGCAAGGAUGUGGAGGAACUGGAACCCUCCUACACCCCUAGUGUAAAUAUAAAAUAGUACAGCCACUGUGGAAUAGUUAGCAGUUCUCAAAGAGCUAAGCAGAAUAUGCAGUUACUCUAAAUAGGUAAUGGGGCUUUGUUUCGGGAUGAUGAAUCAUUCUAAAUUGUAAUGGUUACCCAAUUCUGUGAAUAUACGAAAAAUACUGAAUUGUAUACUUUAAAGGGUUGAAUUGUGUUGUAUGUCUUAAUAAAGCAGUUUUGUGAUUUUUUUUUUAAGUCAGAAAAGGAAAGAGGCUAUAGAGCUGGCGUCCCCAGUGGAUGGGGAGGAAGGGAGAGACACGUUACGUAGUGCGACAUGAUUACCACAGGAGGGUUAGCUAUCACCUCCAUCACCUUACAUUAAUUACCAUUUCCUUUUCCUGGUGAGAACACUUGAGAUUUACUCUCUUAGCAACUUUCAAGAAUCAACAUACUGCUGUUAACACUCACCAUGCUGUCCCUGAGAUGCCCAGAACUUCUUUAUCCUGUGAGCUGGAAGUUUGAAGCCUUUGACCAACCUGUCCCCACCCAUGCUGUUGUUUUCAGAGGUCUGCACUUCCGACGCAGUGGACUCUUGAUCCAAGUAGAUACAGGUUCCACACCCCGGGGGUGAGAAAAUUAGAUUGGACUGGAAAGAAAGCAGGUGGCAAGUAAUCAUCUGAAAACUGGAAAUAUUCACCAGGAACCUUUUUAUUUGCUUGUUGUCAGGUUUCUGUCUGAGACCCACUCUGCCGUUGACUAGUGACAAGUCACUUGACCCAGCCUUCCAAAUCUCUUCCAAAUCGGUCCACCUCUCUCUGUCUGGCAGGCCACCCUCUAUUUGGGUCACCACGAAGGCCUCCUAACUGACCAUCCUGGCUCCACUCUGCAGGCUUGGAGAUCUUUCUAAAGGGCAGAUUGGUCACCUCACCUCUUGCCUCAAUCUCGUCAUGGCUCCUAUCCCUGUGAAGUGCCUGCUUCCUAUGUGCGUACACCUGGAUAGAUGCCCCAAUUACAAGGCAAAAUAGGUUAAAAGUAUCCUAUUCAAAAGCCUUAAAGGGGCCUAAUUGUAGGUGACUGUAAAACUCUAAUUAGGGGAGGCCUCAUUAUCCGCGAUGCGAGGAGGAGGAGGAGGAGGAUGGGACCCUAAUGACAAAGGCAGCCUCCUCAGACAGGAGCGACGGGCUUAAUUGCCCUUUGACAAAACUGGAAUGGGGGAGACAGGGAGGAGGAGAGGCCACUCAUCCAAGGAAGGGAGUCCCGCAGGCCAGGCCUUUCCCUUGUGCUCUCCCAGCAUCUGCCUGGAGGCCGUUUGCAUGAAAGCCAUCACUUACCUUCCACGGAGGAGGCUGGCGGUUACAGAAGGGACGGGUAACACCCGUUUUCCAGAGUUGUGAGCAAGCACAGAACUGUAAUUGAGAAAGUGUGUUGCAAAGUGCACGUCGCUCCCUAAUUCUUACCGGUUGUGGACCGGGUCACAAGCUCCUGGAGGGCAGGAGUGAUGUCUUAGUCACCUGUGCACUCAGUCUCCUGCUACAUGGAUCUAAUAAGAGUGGAGAUGAAGACCAUCAUCGUGGUGGGUGAGGUGGAAUGCCAGAACGCGGAGAUUCCCUCAGCCUUGGUGUGAACAAAUGGACAAAACCUUCAGCAGUGGGGUGAAGCUGUGGUACCUCUACCAUGAAUUCUAAUAUUUACUGGGCAUUUCCGGUGUGGCAGCACCAUCCUAAACAGUUUACGUGUAUUCACUUAUUGGAUCCUCACGAUGUCCUUAAGAGGGAGUGCAUAAUCAGCAUCACCCCCAUUUUGAAGAGGAGGAAAUCAAGUCUCAGCCUUAGAGACUUCCCCAAAGCUAUGCUGCUCUAGGCUCCUCGCCCAGCACAGAGCCCAAUGCAGGGCUUGAACUCAUGACCCUGAGAUCAAGACCUGAGCUGAGAUCAAGAGUCAGGCACUUGACCAACUGAGCCACCCAGGUACCCCUGAAGCUUACAUGUUGAAGAGAGAGAGGUGCAAGGAGUCUUGGCAGUUCAUCACGGGGAGACACACAUAUGAGGGAUGGAAUCUGAAAAAGUGUCAUGGAUAAGGAGCCAAGGAUCUCAAAGGGAAGAGAGCAUAUCAGCAAACGAAGAUAGAUGAGAAGGACUUUCAGAGAACUAUGGUUGUGAGGCCUAUACCUUUCCUUUUGGCAAUGGCCCCACAUUUGAAAGAUUUUGCCCAUUAAAGUAGAUUCACUGAGUAAUACAUUUUGCUAUUUAUAAUUAAAGACAGCAAAACUGUUGAUUAAGUUUCCUGAUCAUCACACAUUAGCUAACGAUUAUUCACCAAACAGUAUUUAGCACCUUCUUUGUGUGAAGUGCUGUGCUUAGUACUUGGAAUACACUCACUGUACAUCGAUAGAGAAGAUACGGCCCUUCCUUCAGGGAACUCUCUGAGUCUGAUGGUUGAAACCAGCGAAACUUGACAUUUGUGUCCCAUGUUAUGUCAGGUAGAAAAAUAUACAUCUGUUAUUAGGCCUUUUGAAAUAUUUGAAAGGAAAAACCAUUAUCAUUUAUUGAGAGACGACUGUGUGCUCAGCAUGCCGUGGGCACCUGACAUACACUUGGUUUUAUUGGUUCGGGUGUCCCCUCCACCCUCCCUAGAAGGCAAGCUCCAUGUUUUGUUCAUCACUGUGUGUCCAGUGCCUACAAUCAUGCCUGCCAUAUAGGCAUGUUCAACAGACACUAGAUGAAUGGACCAAGUGAAUUAACUCGAAUUUCUCAACAACCUGCAAGGUGGUUGGCAUUCUUUUUCUCUUCCUGAUAAGGAAUCUAAGACUCAGAGAGACUAAAUUCCUCAAGUUCCUGCAACCAUCAAUGACAGGGCAGGGAUUUACAUCAGAUCUGUUUGACUUUGAAGGUGAUCCUUCUGUCCCAUCCUUCCUCCGGGAAUACAGAGAUGCCAAAAGCCAGGGGACAGUCGGUUGGACAGCUCUGGGAUAAGAUACGAAUAUGCAAAAGUCUGUUUGAGCCGGGGAAGUGGUCCACGUGAGGGUCAGUGGGAAGCAAGGAAGGGGGCUCUAUGGCUGUGUUCCCAUGGCCAGUGUGGAAGGCCCAGAGGGCUGGGCUGAGGAUUUGAAUGGAUCUGGAAGGCAUGGGGUAAUGCAGAGUUUCCACUUGAUUGGAAUUGUAUUUUGGAAAGAUGAACAGGAUGUAAGGGUGGUUUGGCUUUUAGAAAGAUGGGAGAUGAGAAGUGUCAUUAAUUUGUUAACUGGGGGAGAGGUAACCAGUAAUAGAAUGGAGGCAGUGACAAGAAUGGACAGGAGGGAUGAUGUCAGAGUAGACUCAACUGUCCCAAGUGAGGGAGCCGAGAUAAAGCUCAGAGAUCAAUCUGCAGCCCCCAGUGGGUGAGGCAGCUAGCGUGGAUGGCUUUCUCGCUCUUCCUAGAGUUCUCUCCAGGUGGGUAGUGUCCUCUGUUAUAGGACCACAGCUCUAUGCCGGUCAUCUUGGCAGAGCGUGUGGCUAGUCAAUUCCUUAGCAUGUGUUUGUGGAGCACUUAGUAUAAUAUGCACAUGGCAUCAACGACAGUGCUUUCUUUGUACUUUGGGAUUAAUAGGUCAAUAGAAUACCUUAAGGCCGUACUGUGUUAGAGUUUGGAGAUACAAGGAGAACAGAUAUUUAGGAGUCUAUCAGGCUUCCUGGUUCCAACUGUAUGUAACCCCUGCCUGAGGAUUCGAUCAGUUAAUACAGGUUAAGCAAAUAGAACAGUGCCUGACAUGUAUGUAGUAAGUGAUUGGUGUUUGCUAAUGUUAUAUAUAAGACAAGGGCACUCCCCUCAAGGUCACUGUCAUGUAGUUGGGUUCAUCCAGUCCAUCAAGACACUGCAACAGAAGACAUAUAAUGCAAGACACAGAAAGAGUUCUAAAGGGGCGUGAUUUAUAUGGAUACUUGUCUGUUGUUCAACCCCGCCCCUCCCACUGACAGCCAAGCUUCUUAUAGUCUCUGAGGCUAGUGUUUCAUCCCCAUUCUUCACUCUAAACUCCCUGGUGGGACAAAAUGACUUAUCAACUCAACCCAAGCCUCUGGGACCCUAGGAAUUCCCAAGAGUGUACAAGACUCAGAGCCUCCAUUUUGGAGGCGACCUUUAUCCCUUGCCAGCUCAGCAGACCUGCCAGGAAUUAAAUCUUUGCCUGGGACAAAUGAGAUUAGAUUCCCUUUGGAGAGAGAAAAAAGGACAAUCUUCACCUCUCCCUGGACACAGACAUUCAUUUGCCUGGUCCCCUGCAAAGCAGAUGAGCCUCUGAGACACCUUCUUUCUUGUUCACUUAGGGGUGAAAAAUUAUCAGCAAGAAACCAAUUAGCAUCCUCUAAGAGUGCGUCCCAAGCCUUCUGGAGUCAAUUCUUUUACUCUGUCCUCUACACAUAAGCAGCAUCUGCUUUGGGGUCUUGUCCUAAUUGAGUUGAACCUGAGCUGUUAUCAUUUGUUAAUUGUAGCCCCAAGGUGGGGGGGAGGGAAGAGGGGACAGGGCUCUGUCCUUCCUUUUUCCCCAGCCUAGAAGGCUGCAAUCAAAAGAGAGGGUGAUGGGGCCGAGGGGUCAGAGGUCAGCCACGGAGGCUCUACCUACUAGACAUCUGGGUGGCUGGUUGACAUUCAGUGAAGAAUAAUAAAGAGUCUUUCUUGAGCACUUAUUAUGCACCAGGCAUGAUUGUAAAGGCUUUAUAUGGAUCAACCGAUUUAAUCGUCGCAACUCUCUAAGUUAGGUGUUCUCAUUAGUUCCCACUUGACAUUGAGGAAAAUGGAGGCGCUAGGAGAUUAAGUACCUGCCCUUGCAAUGCAACUAGAUUGGAGAGAAAUCAAGAUUGGGGCCUUGACAUUCCUGCUGCAGUGUCUGCGCUCCCGGCCACCUCCGCUGGCCCGUGGGGGGACCCCGAAAGCCCGGCCGUCCGCUGCCAUGGUGGAGCAGAGAGCCCCCAGCCCAGCAGCCGCUGAGCCAUCGCCAAGCCUCAGUGUUGGUGAUCCCCUAGUCAGCUAUCUGCUGGGAGAGCCGCGAUGCUCAGCAGGUAGGGGGCGGGCCCGGAGCGCACAGCGCUGACCUGGCUGCGAGGGAGGUGCAGAGGAGAGAGGAGCAUCUCUGGGCUCAUGGGGAAGCAGGAUGCACAGGCUGGGAGAAGCAAAGGCAAGUCACUAUCUGCCCUGAAGGACAAACGGCUUGAUACCCAAAGUCCAAACUCCGGAGUAAAAGCACGCAGGCCCCUCACCCUGCGGCUUCUGGCAACCUCCCCAUCCCGGGGUGCUGCUGGAGACUAAGAAGAACUUGUUUCCCUGUGACCAUCUUCUCACGUCAACCCUACCUGAACCCUACCGGCAGAGCCCAACACCCCCUUCCCUGCUUGGGUACAGAUCCGAACGUCAGAUGCCAGGCCUUGUUUCUGAGCGCACAGGGCUGCACCUUCAAACGUCCACAUGGGCCGCGCAGGUCACACACACACAACUAACAGAGGUAAAAUCCAGUCGUGAGCGGGGCAGCCUGUCUCAGCCUGAGGAGCACACAUUUGGCCUAAAGGCUCUCCGGGUAAGACAGUUUAAAAAAAAAAAAAAAAGCAUUGUGCGGGGCAGGCAAACCCUUCUGGGUCCAUGACUGCAGGCUCUUAGCUCCCAUGGGGAAGGAGCGCUGGGGGUGGACCCGGAAUUUCUCCUCUCCUGUGAGUUCCUCUGUAGUAAGGAAGCAGCAGAACGGCUCAUGCUCACUGUAAAGGCACGCACGGAUGCUAAAGCCAAUGGCAUGGUCUUGACCCCAGCUCUACUAUUUACUGUAUCUGUGACUCUGGACAAGUUAUAUGCCUCCUUCCGCCUCGGUUUCUUCAUCUGUAAGAUGGGGAGAAUGGCUAAGGCUAAGAAUGAAUGGGUGGUCUCUGAGCUCAUAACAACUGAAAACAAAAUGAAGAAUCCCAGGAAGCAUGGUUGUAUGGGAGCAACCUCCUUGGAAUUAAUGCUUUGUCAUGGAGGAUCUUCAAUAUUGCACAAUUAAGAGUCCUUCUGUGCCUCAGCCAGCAACUGAAGUUGGGUGUAGCAGAUAUGGACCUUCUCCUCACUUCUCCCCUUCUCCAUCCCACUACCAUGUCUCUAAACUUGGAAAACCCAGCCCCAAAUGCCAAAAUAAAUGCCUUAUCCCUAUUGCUUUGGGACCUUUUAAAUGCUUUUUGCUCUCUAAAGAGGAGUCUGUCGAAUGACAGAGACUUUUUUCUUUUUAACUUUCUUUUAAAAUGCCUGAGAGAGGGGCGACUGGGUGGCUCAGUCAUUAAGCGUCUGCCUUCGGCUCAGGUCAUGAUCCCAGAGUCCUGGGAUAGAGCCCCGCAUCGGGCUCCCUGCGCAGCGGGAAGCCUGCUUCUCCCUCUCCCACUCCUCCUGCCUAUGUUCCCUCUCUCGCUGUGUCUCUGUCAAAUAAAUAAACAAAAUCUUUAAAAAAAAAAUAAAAUGUCUAAGAGAAAAAAGAAAGAAAAAGGAAAAAAGAAAAACAAACAAACAAACAAACUCAAAUUGAGGUUGAGAAACCAACCUCAUAAGAGCAACAGCCCGGUCCGCUCCGCUCCGCUCUCCCCGGGCCUGGCCGGUCGUGUUCAGCACCGCGGACAGCUCCCCGCCCCGCCCCGAGCCCACCGCACCCUCCCCUCCGCCGCUGGCAGCCUUGCCAUUGGCUCUCCCAGCUCCCCUCUUGAAGCUGCCAAUUCUACACAUAGACCCAACCUACCCAGGAGCUUGUCUUCUCGCCUCUCCAGCGCCCGGGGUAGCCCAGGCCCAGAAGAGAGCCGCGGGGUUUCUGAGCCUCGGAGGGUGGUUGUUGGCACUCUACCAGGCUUGCUGAGACGCUGCCUGCGCACUUCGUCCCCGGCCCUCGCCCUGUGACAGACGCUUGGCUCAAGAUGAAUCUCAACUUCACCGCCCCUCUACACCCUGCGUCUUCUCAGAGGCCCACGUCCUUCUUCAUUGAGGACAUCCUGCUGCACAAGCCCAAGCCGCUAAGGGAGAUGGCCCCUGACCACUUCGCCAGCUCUCUGGCCUCGCGGGUGCCUCUGCUAGACUAUGGCUACCCCCUCAUGCCCACACCCACCCUCCUGGCUCCUCAUCCCCAUCACCCUCUGCAUAAGGGAGACCACCACCACCCUUAUUUCCUCACCACCUCGGGGGUGCCGGUGCCGGCGCUGUUCCCGCACCCCCAGCACACCGAGCUGCCGGGGAAGCACUGCCGCCGCCGCAAAGCUCGUACGGUUUUCUCGGACUCGCAGCUUUCUGGCCUGGAGAAGAGAUUCGAGAUCCAGCGCUACCUGUCCACGCCAGAGCGGGUGGAGCUGGCCACGGCCCUCAGCCUGUCCGAGACGCAGGUGAAAACGUGGUUCCAGAACCGGCGGAUGAAGCAUAAAAAGCAGCUGAGGAAAAGUCAGGAUGAGCCCAAAGCGCCAGAUGGGCCCGAGAGCCCUGAGGGCAGCCCCCGCGGCCCAGAGGCCGCGUCUGCCGAGGCUCGGCUGGGCCUGCCCGCCGGCCCCUUCGUGCUGACCGAGCCCGAGGACGAGGUGGACAUUGGGGACGAGGGGGAGCUGGGCCCAGGGCCGCACGUGCUCUGAGCCGCGUGGCUGGGGAGGCAGGGAGGACGCGGCCGGGCGGGGCGCGGUUCCCUCCGGGAUCCGGAACGCACGGACUCGGGUCCCGGGGCGGGCCUCGGAAAUCCGCUCCUGGAAGACAAACAAAACACACCUGUGAACCCUCGAACCCGCGCGGAGCCCCGCGGCUCGGCCCACGCCCUCCUCCCCCUCUCGCCCGCCGGGUCCCUGCCGGGCGAGCGUGCACCUGCGUUAGCUCAUUCCCGCGCCGGUGUCUUAAGUGGCGCAAGCUGGACCCUGGGCUCUCAGCUCUCUAACUCCGCCGCGAUCGCAGACCCUCCUGGCCCUCUCCUCUCCGCCACCUGCCCCGAGCUCCGUUGUCCAGGCUCCGUGACCUCUCCACCCGGACCCUUUGCCCUUCCUUGGGUAGACCGAUUGGCUGCAGCCAUUCUGACCAGGUGUAAGGUGAUCUCAUUGUGGUUUUGAUUUGCAUUUCCCUGAUGAUGAGUGAUGUUGAGUGUCCUUUCCUGUCUGCUGGCCUUACUGUUCAUUUUUAUGUGUGUCAACUUUGAAAUACAAGAAG